AUGUUAAAAGUGCUAUUGUUGGUUGUUCUUCAUAUUACCCUUUUGCAUAAGAAUGGCGUUGCUCAAACGACUACUGAGGGAGUUUUUCAUGAUGAAUAUGAUUAUAUUUCGACUACAACAACAGAAGAUGGGGUAAAUGUUACUAUAAGUAGCGAAACUAGUGAUGAUAUUGAUAAUGUUGACAACGAAAUCAAAAGUAAUGACCUGAAAAAUGCCUAUGUAAGUACUACUAGGCACAGUUUUCCAUCUUCUACUUCUACAGAUGAAUUUUCAACUAUUUCUACAACAGUUGGUAAUGUCUGUGCCGCUCCGAAUUUACGUUAUUCAAACCUUCGUGUGUUCUGGGAAUUCGAAACCGAAUCGUGCGGCGAGAUUGCUUAUGUACAAUUUGCUUGCAAUAAAUUGUACAAUAACCAAGAGGAUAUCAAAAAGUUUGAGUUUAAUGUAACGAAUUUUUGGGAUAUAAAUAAACCCAAUGAGGAUCUACCAACAGGAAUUCGAUACAAUUGUGAUGUUUAUGCAACAGAUGAAUAUAAUGUUCGAGUUUCCGAGUCUACUUCUAUAAUUAUUCCACCUGGUUCUUUAGAAAUCCGAGUCACUGUCAACCCCACAAACAUUUCCUGGACUGCACCAUUCGAAAAUCAAACUUUAACAUACAACGUUACAUUGGAACCCUUUAGUACAAACCGAAACGUACCGCCCGGUUGUGAAGAAUCGAAUGAAAACCGCGAUACCUUCAGUUACAUUACACCCGACACGUUCUACACUUUCAAUGAAUCUUCAAUCGAUUAUGUCGCCAGCAUUUCCACAAAGUUUUGGAACACAAUCAUCGAGAACGAAGAAACUGCGUUCAUUAACGCAACUGCAGCGCCGAGUGAGCCCAGGAACGUGUCUGUUCGGGAAUACUUCGACGAAAACAAUGAGAAACAGUACGAAUUAAGAUGGGAAACUCCUUGCCAAUCGAACGACGAAAUCAAACUAUAUCAACUCCUCAUCACCGAUUCAGACGAAACAACAAUCGAAAACAAAACCGUCGAAAACGACAAAAAUAACGCUGUUAAUCUCACCAAACUCGCGCCUAAUGCGAAUUACAGUUUACAAUUAUUUGCUCUAGGCGCCGCAGGCGAAGGUGGUAAGAGUGCGAUUUACCAAUUUUACACUACUGAGAUUACGCCUUCUCCUACUAUCAGCAUAACAGAUACAGGCUCGACUUAUUUUACUAUCGAAUGGAGUAUAAACGAGAGCCUGAUCCCUUACAAUUACUCUGUAGAGAUUAAAAAUUUAGGCGCUAAUUACAGCAGGAACAGCCACUGUCCUGAGUACCCCGAUCCUGAGCUGUACUACACAAACAAAACUAGUUACAAUUUUACCAAUGCCAGGCCUUUUUAUAAUUACAACGUAACCGUAACAGUUGCGCCUGAUAAAAUUUCAAAAAAAGAGGAGUUUGUAAUAAUUACAACGACUUCUUCAGAACCAGACGUGGUCACUAAUUUAACAUUUCGAGUGAACAACGAGACUCUACAGGGCGAAUUACAGUGGAAACUACCGUGCGACGUGAACGGAUUAAUAUCGAAUUUCGAGAUUAUAAUGUCGGAAAAAUACACUGAGGACGAGCUGGAAACAAGCGAAACGUUUAUUAUACCGAAAACCGAUUUUAGCAGGACGUGGAAUUUGAAACCCUCGCAUAUUUACAACAUAUACAUUGCCAUUACGCUGGAAGAUGGCCUGCAAGGGGACAACGCCACUGUAUUGAACUAUAAAACAGAGAGUGGUUUGCCAGGAUUGCCGGUUUUGUCAGUGAGCAACGUAACAAACACAUCUUUCCAAAUCAACUGGUCUCGACCUGAAGAGAAAACCGGCCCGAUCGAGUACUACGAGUUACUGCUCGUACCUCGUCCCAACUAUGCAAUUCCUCCGGACUGUCCCAUUCGAAACGAAUCGUUAUUUUUAGUAUUCAAUAAAACCAGCUCGAUUUACGCCAAUUAUUCGGCUCCUCCAGACCAUGCCUAUGCAGUUUCUCUCCGAGCCAACACCACCAAAGGAUUCGGCAAUUAUUCGAUCAUCACGUUUGUUACUGAUAUCGGAGAGCCGGAAAAAGUACGACAUGUAAAUACAGACAUUUCUAACGACGUUUCAAGUGCUAGUAACGUUCCUAAUGUGUUGUUUUCGUUCGAUGCGCCUUGUAAUUCGUUCGGAACCAUCAUGGUUUACACUCUUAAAUAUGUGGGUUAUCGGUACCCAUACGAAAAUGUAACCGGGACCUAUCAGAUCCCUCCUCGAGGAUCAAAAAUUACUUUCGAUUUGAAACCGGAGUUUGUUUACGAAUACCAAAUCGAAGCGAUCAAUAAUAAAUUUCGCAGCGUUUACCGAAAUCGGUUCGAAGCUCCAGCAGGAGCUCCAAAAACCAACGUAAACGCCAGCAUUUCGGUUGGAGAUGUAACUACUGAAAGUGCUCGAAUCGUGUUGAAGAAGGAAUAUUUCGAUUUUUACAAUGGCGAUGUAAAAUAUGUCGCUCUACUUCUUAGUGAGAUCGUUUUGAAUAAUGACACUCAUAAAUGGAAUUUCGAGAAAUGGCCAGAUUUGGAGGAAGGAACUCAACAGUUGACUAAUUGCUUCUGGAAUCCUUUUGAAUCUUCUAAUGAGACUGUUUUUACUAUUGGAAAGGGAUCUAAUUGUACAUCGCCCUGUAUAUGUAAAAACAGCGUACUUAAAGAUGAUACACGGUACAUUUUGACAAUACAAGCCUUUAAUUCGGAUUAUUAUGGCAACAUAAAAUCGAUUGCGUUUAUUACAGAUAAAAUUAGUCAUCUGGCUGUAAUUCUUGGAGUGAUUUUUGGGAUAUUGUUCUUCUUUAUUUUGGCUCUCGCCGGGUUUUUCGUGUGGAAAAAAAAGCUUUACAAAAAAAUUACCUACAUAUCCCCAAGGAAAUCUUCAAGCAAAUCCAUCGAGUUCAGUUCGACAGCCGUCCCGCCGAAGAAAUUUAUUCAGUAUUUCAGGAAUACCGAAAACAGACCGGAUGUAUUGAAGAACCAAUUCGCCGAAAUAACGGAGAAAUCUAAGGAAGUGCAAGCUCAGAAAACUUGCCAUUUCGCGGGAUUAUUGGAGAACAAAAGGAAAAACAGAUAUUCCAAUAUUUCCCCUUAUGAUGAUACGAGAGUCAAAUUGCUCAUAGAUGAAGAUGACGAGAUAGGCUCGGACUACAUAAAUGCUUCAUACAUUAAGGGAUAUUCCGGAACACCUGAAUACAUAGCGACUCAAGGUCCAUUAUCUACCACUUGCAGAGAUUUCUGGAAAAUGGUUAUCCAAGAGAACGUCUCUAUAAUUGUUAUGGUAGCACAAUUCGUUGAAAAUAACAAGGAUAAAUGCUACAAAUACUUUCCAAAAAACCACGAGAAUUUGAUAGUAAGCGACGAUAUGGAGAUACGAUGUUCAACCGAACUACACUUCGGGACCUACCUCGUAAGGAAUCUACAAAUCAGAAAAGAUUGUCAGCAAGUGGCCGUUACGCACAUGCAAUUCCUGGAAUGGCCGGAUUUCAACGUACCAACAGGAACCGAACAUAUGCUUCAAUUCAUUUACAAGAUGCGAGAAAGACUGAAACUCGAAAGCGGUUUGGUCAUUGUACAUUGUAGUGCCGGAGUAGGAAGAACUGGUACUCUAAUUGCUGCGGAUAUGUUACUUCAAAACGCGGAUGCAGGAAAGCAAUUAGACGUGUUCGAUACAGUGAUGGGUCUCAGGCAGCAAAGGACAUGCAUGGUCCAAACGCUGGAACAAUACAUCUACUUGCAUCGACUGAUUGCAGACCACAUUGACAGGCCACUAACUCCUGAUUUGAACGAGACGAACGAUCCAGUAUACGAGAAUAUGGAUAUUUUGAAAAAUAAUCCGGACUCUCCGUUAAAAGCAAAAGAACAAGAGAGCAAAUUUUGA